ACUGUGUUCUCCCCCCGCCUGUCUGUCUCUCUGUCUGUGUCGUCCUCCUGUCUUCUACUUAUUGUUCAUUGUUACAGUGAUGGAUCUUGGGAUUGUUUUGACAAUUUCAGCUGUUUUAUUCAUGACUGCUGAAGCAGACCAAACAACACAUAUGUCGAACGACACAGACACUCCGUUCACCGAUCAGACAAAUAUCUCCUGCAGCAACUGUUCCAGCCCCACUGCAGCUUCAGCAACCACCUCCAACCCCACCUCCAGCCGCCCUUCAACUGCCUUGGGCCUCCUCACAAUCACAUGGACAAGUAAUUGUAAAGGAGAUGUUAACCUGAUUCUCAAUCAACCCAACAAGUCCUCUUUGCCUGUCUGCCAUGCCAGUGAACCAAACAUCCAAAGUCUUCUAAAAAUAGUGUGUGAGAACCAGAACGGUUGUAAAGGCCAACCAAAACCGAAGAGAGGCAAAGAAACGCAGAAUGGUUGCCACAUCACAGAGAGUGGAGAAAUGCCAGGGACCAGCUGUGAGACACUGAGGAUCCAUUGUGAAGUUGAGGACCUCCCAGAUGUACAGGGCCAGCUGCACGCUUACAAAGUGGUGACAGCUUUGCUGUGCUGCAUGGUGCUGGUCCUGUUACUGAUCCGCUUCACCAGACCCACUGUUAAAGCCCUGCAGAAGAGAUUCUCAGAAAGGAGGCAGAAUCGCUGGGUUGGACCUACACAGAGUCACAGUGUGUCUUACCACCGAGGAAAAACUGCAGUUAAAAACAAUGAUGGAGAGAAGAGACUGUCCUACCCUGCUCUGGAGCGACUGGCAGUCUAUGACAGCAGAGAGCCUUCAUCAAACAGGAACAGUGACUGCAACUUCUGACAUGCCUCUUCGAGACGUCAACAUCAUCCUCAUCCUCAUCCUCAUCCUCAUCAUCAUCAUUAUAAUUAUCAUCCUCAUCCUUUAUAUGUGGGUUAAACAUAUGAUUUCUUAUGUGACUAUUCCUUGAUUGUAUCUUUGAAAGUAAAGAAAAUACUUCUGUUUGUUGAGGAAUCAUUUACCAGGACAUUAUUCAAAAUCAUGUCAAACAUUCACCUCAUCUCUCUACCUUAAUUUGCUGCAUUAGCUAUAAUCACAUACAAGCUAUAAUACCCAUUAUUUACAAAUAUUCAGUGUUCCGUCUAUCUGAACUCAGUUUACUAUACAUUGUGCUCAUACAUUGUGCUUUUAGCAUUGUGCAUUGGAAUUGCAUCUUAUGGUGGAGUCUGCUAGCCUGGCUAACACCAGACUAAUCACAAAUGAGAUUAGCAUGGAAACCAGCCGUUCAUUUCUCCGUAGAGGAGGCGUGGCUUAAGAUCCUCCGGAGCCGUUUAUUGGGCGCUUAGAAUGUCUAUCAAAAGCGUCUGUACGUAGCUCUUAGCCAAUCGUAAUCGUGUGUGUGUGAGAGAGGGUGUUGCUUGCUGCUUUGCUUCUCCAGUUCUCGCUUUCUGCAAGAUUAUUUAUUUUUACGCCUCAUUCCCCCUCAUGUCAUUCAGCCACACACAUCCACUGAUUUUAUGGGCAAUAGACGAGCUGCUGCGGGUCUCUGGGCGGCUCCGCUGUCCCCCGGCUCGUAGCGAGAUCACCGGCGUUACAGCAGUGAGCGGUAGCGGGGCUAGUUGGUAGAUUAGGCUUUGGCCAAAUCCUGUCGGAAGCAAGGCUAAAACAUCCUUUUUGGUGGUGAAACAUGAGUGUAAAGUCAAAUGUUGUUCUUCUUUUAAAAUAAACUUUGGCUCUUAACUAUUUAAAACGCCGUCUACAGCUAGAGAGUUUUGCGUCUGCUGCAGCCAUGUUGGAUCCGUAAGAAAACUACAAGCUUCCAUC